CUGCUCUCUGGCACAUGGCAACGGGCUCUCGGCUCCACCCUCCCCACUGCCCGCUCACAGCCUGGAUACUCUUCUCCCGGUCACUGCAGGAUGUGUGGUUGUGAACUGAUCAUCCUCCACUCUGACUCAUCUUUUAAUUGAAGAUAGAUACAAAAAGCAGGAGUAACUCAGCGGGACAGGCGGUAUCUCUGGAGAGAAGGCAUGGAUGACGUUUCGGGUCGAGACCCUUCUUCAGACUGUUAAUUGGCUGGAAAAGGCAAAUGAAGGAACAUCAGAGUUUCAGGAAGUGUGUGGAUGCUUGAAUUGCCAUGAAUAGACCCAGGUCCGACCUGGAGGAGCGUUUACACUGAGGACCAGUUGAUUCCUCUCUUGCCUUUUCUUAAGGACGUUUUGCAAGUUUGUAACUUCUCGAGAAAUACAUCGACAUUUAAUACAAGCGCCUUGAACCGUCCGCCAGCAAUGUACCGAGGGCUAGCGAAUGUUUGUUUGCUGUUCCUCGCCGUCACCUCUGCUGUUACCCCGGGAAUAACACAGCCCCACAGGCCAAAUGUUUGUGCGGAGAGGGAGGUGAUGAUGAUUGGCCGCAGGCAGCCAUGCGUACAGGCCUUCACCCGGAUGGUCAAGGUGUGGAAACAAGGAUGUGGAGAGCAGAAGUGGUGUGUGGGACACGAGAGGAGGACUGCGUAUUACACUGCGUACAGACACGUGUACAGCAUGGACUUCCAGAUGGUGUACAAAUGUUGCCCAGGGUGGAGGCGGCUGAACAGUGAAGCUGGAUGCUUGUACCCAAUUUGCAGCACUGGUGUGUGCUUUAAUGGUGGCAGGUGCAUCGAGGGCACAUCACAGCUGUGUCAGUGUCCACAAGGCUUCCAAGGACCUCGUUGUCAAUAUGAUGUGAAUGAAUGUGAGGAGGACAGUGGGGGAUGUGAUGGCCGGUGUAGUAACACCAUUGGCAGCUUCUACUGCCAGUGCCGCCAGGGUCUGACGCUGCAGUCCGACGGCAAGAUUUGCCAAGAUGUGGACGAGUGCCAAGUGCAUAAUGGAGGCUGUCAACACAAGUGCAUAAAUACUCUGGAAUCACAUUACUGUGAGUGUAAACCAGGAUUCCGCCUGCACACUGAUGGCCGCACCUGUAUCGGCAUCAAGACGUGCUCGAUUGGGAAUGGAGGUUGUGAUCAUGAUUGUGUUCAGUUGUCGAUAGCACACUACCAGUGUCGGUGUCGACACAACUACCAGCUCCAGGAGGAUGGCAAGCACUGCGAGUUGAAGGACCCAUGCACUGAUAAGAAUGGCGGCUGUAUGCACAAGUGCCAGAAUCACCAUGGAGUUGCUCGGUGUGAGUGUCACCCAGGUUACGGACUGGCCAGUGACAUCAAGGGAUGUGAAGAUAUGGAUGAGUGCGUGUUUGGGAUCGCUGAUUGUUCACACGGAUGCAUCAACACACGUGGGUCUUUCUCCUGCGUUUGCAAUGCAGGCUAUGAGCUGGGUGCUGAUGGCAAGCGGUGUUACCGGAUUGAGAUGGAGAUCGUCGAUGGCUGUGAAUCAAACAAUGGAGGAUGUUCCCACCACUGCCGACACUCUGCCUUUGGCCCCCAGUGCAGCUGUGAUCAAGGCUUCCAGCUGGAUGCUGAUCAGAAGACGUGUGCAGAUGUGGAUGAGUGUGCUGCUGGAGAUGGCUGCUGUGAACAGGACUGUUUCAACACCCCUGGAGGAUACGAGUGUGGCUGCCAGGCUGGCUACAUCCUCAGCCUGGACGGCUGCACGUGUGACGAUGUUAAUGAAUGUGCCAUUAAAAAUGACAUCUGUGAGCACAUCUGCCAGAACACAGUAGGAUCCUUCCAAUGUCGCUGCAACAUUGGCUACAGGCUGGAGGAUGAUCGCAGUAGCUGCAUCUCCUUGGAUGACCCGGUGGAGGCUCUGAAUGGGCGACCUGCGUACGGAAGGUACUUCCCCGAGGUGACUCUAUCACGAGAGGAGCUGACACAGUUGUUCGAUGAGGAAGAGGACGACCUUCAGAAGGAGAGGGCCCGUGGGGAGUUCACCCUCUCGCACAGCUUCGUGUGCUGGGACGGUACGUUUGGCAAUGACUGCAGCUUGACCUGUGAGGACUGUCGGAAUGGCGGCUCCUGUAACGAGGCUGAGGAUGGCUGUGUUUGCCCAGAGGGGUGGACUGGUCUGCUGUGUAACCAGACCUGUCCGGAGGGAACGUUCGGGAAGAAUUGCAGCUUUGUGUGCAAGUGCAGGAAUGGUGCAACAUGCAACAUGCUGACGGGCCAGUGUCGCUGCCCCCCUGGGGUGGGCGGAGAGAUGUGCCAGGAUGGCUGCCCCAAGGGAUUGUAUGGAAAAGCCUGCAACAAGAAAUGCAACUGUGCCAACAGCGGCCGCUGCCACCGUAUCUACGGAGCCUGCCUCUGUGAUCCUGGGCUAUACGGCCGCUUCUGCCAUCUGCCAUGUCCCAAAUGGACGCAUGGGCCAGGCUGCUCCAGCCAGUGUGGGUGCGAGCUGCACAACACGCUGCACUGUGACCGCAGAGAUGGGAGCUGCAACUGCAAGCCCGGCUACCAUGGGACCACGUGUCAAAGCGUUUGUGACCCUGGCGUUUACGGAGCUGGAUGCAACAGCAAGUGUAGUUGCUCAGAAGGUGUUUCCUGUGACCAUGUAACCGGGGAAUGCAAGAUGCUGUGUCCACAGGGGUACCACGGGAAGAACUGUAGUCAAGAGUGUGGCAACAACAGCUUUGGAACAAACUGCCUGCAGACGUGUGAUUGUGGGGGAGCCCCGUGUCACCGGGUAAACGGUGAAUGCAUCUGUCCAGCGGGCAAAACCGGCCUCCAGUGCAGCCAAGACUGUCCAUCAGGCCGCUGGGGCCUGAGCUGCCAAGGGAGCUGCCCACCCUGUGAGAACAAUGGAAGGUGUAGCAAGGAGACUGGACAGUGUACUUGCCGACCAGGAUUCAUGGGGAGGUUGUGUCAGAACAUUUGCCCCGUGGGCCGGUAUGGCCUGGGCUGUCAGAUGCGAUGUGUUUGUGAGAACAAGGGGCACUGUGACCCCGCCACAGGCCGCUGCCAGUGUACCCCAGGAUGGAUUGGCCACAACUGCAGGAGAGCCUGUGAUGCUGGUCAUUGGGGAGCGGACUGUUUGAACUCGUGUGACUGCAGGAACAGUGAUGGGAGCUGCCACACGGUCAGUGGGCAGUGUAUCUGCGAGGCAGGUUUCACUGGCCAGCGCUGUGACCACAAGUGCCCUGGAGGUACGUAUGGACCAGGCUGCCGGCACCGAUGUCACUGUGAGAACGAUGCAGCCUGCGAUCACGUGAGCGGGGCCUGUCACUGUACCGCAGGCUGGCUGGGAACCUUCUGUGAGCGAGCGUGUCCGCAUGGCUUUCAUGGCGUGGAGUGCCGGCAGGUGUGUGGCUGCCAGAAUGGUGCCCUCUGUGACCACGUGUCAGGCUCCUGCUCCUGCACGUCUGGCUGGAUUGGACUGAGCUGCAAUCAAUCAUGUCCAGGACUGACCUUCGGGGAGAAUUGCAGCCAGUCUUGUGAGUGCAACAACGGUGCCAGCUGUGAUCACGUGACGGGCCGCUGCCACUGUGGUCCGGGCUGGACAGGAGAACAGUGUCAGACAGCAUGCUCGCCUGGUUCCCACGGCACCCGUUGUUUGCAGAGAUGCAUCUGUCAAAAUGGUGGAUGGUGUGAUCACGUGACCGGCCACUGUACCUGUCCCAUAGGGUGGACUGGAGUGGCCUGUGAGCUGGAGUGUGCAUCUGGGAGGUACGGCGUGGACUGCCAGCAGCAGUGUGACUGCCUGAACGAGGGGCAGUGUGACCGGCAGAGUGGCCAGUGCUCCUGCCGCCCUGGAUGGAUGGAAGCAAGGUGCCAAACCCCUUGCCAUGUGGGACUGUACGGAGAUCGCUGUGAAGAGCAUUGCGAUUGCAACCACGGGUCCUGGUGUCACCACGUGACGGGCAUGUGUCUGUGCACCAAGGGAUGGAGAGGAAGACACUGCGAGAAAGCUUGCUGGCCGGGUUACUAUGGUGAUGGGUGUGUGCAGCGAUGUAACUGUCCCCCCAGCGUCCCCUGUAACCAUGUGACGGGCGAAUGUGGCUGUCCUCCAGGGUUCACAGGCAACGGCUGCGAACAGAUCUGUCUGCCGGGCACCUACGGUUGGAACUGUAACCAGGUGUGCCAGUGUUCAGCCCAGAACCAACAGUGCCACCCAGUCAGCGGAGAAUGCAUCUGUGCACCUGGUUACCACGGAGACACCUGCCACCUGCGGUGCCCAGCCGGCAGGUACGGGUCCAACUGCAGGGAGACGUGUCAGUGUCUGAACAGAGGCCGUUGUGAGACAGUGUCUGGAACGUGUGUCUGUGCCCCUGGCUAUGUCGGAGCAGACUGCAACCAGACCUGUCCCGCCGGUCACUAUGGGUCGGACUGUGCCGUGCGGUGUGCCUGUGGGGAAGGUGCCGGAUGUGACCACGAGACGGGUCGGUGCAGCUGCCCGCCGGGCAGGACCGGUGACCAGUGCCAGCACGUCUGCCCUAGAAACAGGUUUGGCGCAGGCUGCGGGGACACGUGCAGCUGCAGGAAUGGUGGGCGGUGCAGCGCGAUGGACGGCUCCUGCUCCUGUGGCCUGGGCUGGACGGGACCCCAGUGUGAACAAGAGUGCUCCGCUUGGAAGUUUGGUGCCGGAUGCCAGUUGGACUGUGCCUGCCACACCAAUGUCAGCUGUGACCGGGUCACCGGAUUCUGCCACUGCCCUAAAGGAUAUUACGGGCAAUCCUGUGAGCACGGUAGUCUGCCCGCUGGGAUUCAUGGAUCAAACUGCCAACACCUCUGUGACUGUGGGAACAGUAUGGCCUGUGACCCUGUGACUGGCCACUGCCUGUGCCCGCCCGGUUACCACGGAGACCGCUGCCAGAAAGAGUGUGAGCAGGGCUGGUACGGAGAUGACUGUGGACAGCCGUGUGACUGUGAGGGUGGUGCACCUUGUGAACCCAUGAGUGGACAGUGCCUCUGUCCCCCAGGGAGGACUGGCCCCAGCUGCCACCUUGACUGUCCCGCCAACCGCUAUGGGCCGGGCUGCUCCCUGCCCUGUGACUGCUCCAACAAGGGCCGCUGUGACGCUCGCAACGGACACUGCACCUGUCUGCAUGGCUGGGUCGGGCCCCACUGCCGGCAAGGAGGACCACCCAUACCGCCCCACCAGCUGGCAGCUGCAGCAGCGCUGGGGAAACGUGGUAGCGGACACUGUCGAGGGGCUGUAGUCACACAGGGAGAGCCCUCUGUGGCAGGCAUCACGGAGACCGCUUCUCAUCCCACACCCCUGCCCGAAGACACACACCACCACAGCAGAUCGACAGCAGCGCACACUGGGAGUGGCGGCACGAGUCACAGCCUCACGCAGACACGCGGCUCAAUCAUAGACCACAACCACCUGCUGACAGACUUGGGCUCAGCCUCCAUAUGUGGUCAUUGUCCUGGAGACAGAGAAUGGUCCAAUUCCAUCGACUCCCGACGCCUUGAAACCCAAAACACCGAACAAGCUCAAUGUCGAGGCUGCUGGAAAUAUACUUGAUACCUUAAAGACCUUUCUUUUACUACAAUACACAGUAUAUAUAAUUUUAUUUUUGUAAAGCAAAUCCUGGAUGGGGCGGAUUAGUGGAGAUUCGGGUCCCCGGCCCCACACUGACUGACUGACUGAGGGAGUGGGUGAACAUGGAGACCUGUCUUCCAUCUGGUGUGGGCCUGUGGCUGCCUCCUCCAUCUCACUGGGACCAGCAUGGAAGCAGGAGCAAGCUGUCCACAGCUGCCAGCACUGACGAGGCUCUCCUGGAGCUGGUGAACGUUUGAUCUGCCCAGAGCCCGUUGGGGCAGGGUGAAGGGAUUGUAACCGCGUGGAGAGGGGGGGAUGUAUCUCGGCAUUCCCACAGCCGCCAGUCCCCAUUGCAAUCUGUCAAGACCAGCCCCACCCUCACUCAGUUACCCGCUCCCACACUCCCAACUGACUCACUCCCUCUGCUUCCCCAACAGGCAGACUCCCUCCCUGCCCCCACCCUACCCUGCAGGAACAGCAGAAGGGGUCCAAUUCCACGUCCCACUGAACUUUACGAGAAUGGCUUCACAAGCAUCUGUGGCAGGUCGAGCAUGAAUAAGUCACGAGCCUUUCUCACGUCCUCCCCUUUCUCCCUCUGUGGGGUUGGUCAUUUGAAUUCCUCAGGUUCUCUAUAAAUGUACAACACAUCCAUCGGCCGAUGCUGAAACACAAAUCUGGCUUCAGUGCCUUCCAGUUCCAGGGACCACAACACUGCCAGGCCCCCCACUACCCCUGCACCGUUUACCACAUUGGGAGCCAUGUUACUGAUAACACUUGGGUUAGCUGGAAGUUUCUGUUUCAACUUGGCCAUCUCCUUCACUCCUUCUGCCCCAUCAGUUUAUAAUCAUAUUUUAACAAAAAUUGUAAUUUGCCACUAACAAUUGCAGUAUCUGUGAAUUCUUUCUGGCAACUCGGUGUGGGUGGCACGAUGGGCCCCGCGGUAGAGUUGCUGCCUUUACAGCGCUAGAGACGCGGGUUUGAUCCUGACUAAGGUGCUGUCCUUUCUGUACAGGUUUGUACGGUCUCCCCCGUAACUGCUUGAGAUUUCUCCAAAGCCCCAGUUUCCUCCCAUACUCCGAAGACGUGCAGUUUGUAGGUUAAUGGCCCGGAUGUGCGGACAUAGAACCAGUGUAUGGUUGAUCGCUGGUCGGCGUGGACUCGGUGGGCGAAGGGCCUGUAACUGAACUAAACUACAGUGGAGAGAAGGGUGACCAAAACACCAGGGGUGCAGCCUAAUUUCUUUGUUUACGGGACAACCUGUUUUCUUCUCACUUGAUAUCCUCUCAGUGUUUAAGCUGACGUUACACCGUGGACUUUGAUGCAGUGCCAAUGCAAGGAUACUGGCUGCUCGGCAGUGUACCGGACUGUUACCAACACA